CGUGCCAUGCGCACUGACGCUUGUUGUUGUUGAGCUGGUUGUUAUGGCUGGACAAGGCCUCGGACUAAACUGAGAGAGGUCCACCCCCUCCCGCACCACCCCGUCUCCGCCACGGGACACCCGCCACCCAUGGAGGGCACGGACAUGGACGUGGACGCGGAGCUCAUGCAGAAGUUCAGCUGCAUGGGCACCACGGACAAGGACGUCCUCAUUUCGGAGUUUCAGAGGCUGCUGGGCUUUCAGCUCAACCCGGCCGGCUGCGCCUUCUUCCUGGACAUGACCAACUGGAACCUGCAGGCUGCUAUCGGUGCUUAUUAUGACUUUGAAAGUCCCAAUGUCAACACGCCAUCCAUGUCCUUUGUUGAAGAUGUGACAAUUGGUGAAGGAGAGUCUGUUCCUCCAGAUACACCGUUCACAAAAACCUGGAGAAUACAAAACACAGGUGCAGAGUCGUGGCCACCUGGAGUUUGUCUCAAAUACAUAGGUGGGGAUCAGUUUGGGCAUGUAAACACAGUUAUGGUAAAGUCACUAGACCCCCAGGAAAUAUCAGAUGUGAGCGUGCAGAUGCGAAGUCCCACAACUCCAGGCAUGUAUCAGGGCCAGUGGAGGAUGUGUACAGCCACAGGAUUAUUCUACGGAGAUGUAAUCUGGGUGAUUCUUAGUGUAGAAGUUGGAGGUCUCCUCGGCGUGACACAGCAGCUGUCCUCCUUCGAGACAGAAUUCAAUACCCAACCCCAGCGCAAUGUGCAGGGAGACUUCAACCCCUUCGCCUCGCCACAGAAGAACAAGCACGACGCCACUGACAACAGCUUCAGAGAUCCUGGCGGGGCGUGGGAACGCACGCAGGAGCCAAUCCAGCAAGAUCAAAAUGGACUGUCUCAUAAUGCUGUAAAUAGGGCGUCAAAUGGUCUUCAAACCAACCUUUCUGUGGUGACUUAUGGUCAGGGUAUUCACGGACCCUAUCCAUUUGGACAGAGCUAGAAUGACAAAGACUUCCCCCCUCACACACCAUGGUGGAUGAUGAGCUUAACACCCUGGGAGUCUUUACGUGCAGAGGAGUCGGAGGGGGGGAGGAACAGUUGUUUUAUAUUGACUCAUGACAACCCUCUCCCCAACCCUAUGGCCCUUUCCACAGAAACACAAACUACAGUGAGGUGAUGGAUUACAACCGCUACAGUGAAAACAUCCCACCUGACGUCAACACCCGGAUUCGCAUGUGUGAAUGCUUCAUUUAAGAGUGCUAUAAAACCUUAAAAAUAGAUACACACGACUAUUUUUUAUUUCCACUGUAAAACGAGCCUAAUUAAAGGGAAAAUCAGCCCUAAACAACCAACGUACAAUUUGGUAUUCCCAUGGAUAAUUGAAUACUUUGUCUCUUCAGGGUUCCUACACAGGUGUGGAAAAGUUUGGAAAGCUGCUGAAAAUUAAACAAAAUUAAUUCUGAUAAUUUUGUGGCCUUAAAAAGUGUUAAAGAGAGACUGAAAAUUGUGGGAUGUAUGAUUUAGGUGGGGGAGAAGUGUUUGGAUUUUCAAUUUUCCUCUUAAUGAAAGCCUUAUACCAGUUUUACACACAAACCUACAAAUGAUGUGGGAUGUCAAACUUCAAAUAUGAUAGGUAUGACACGUUUUACCAGACUGUUGGUCACCAGAGCGUGUUAUUCAUUUAAUAAACCACAGAAUUACUCUUAGAUAAAUUGGUGCCUGGUCAAUUUAGAUGGGAUGGACAGUCAAGGCUCACAUUUUGUGAGCAUUCACAUCAUUUGACAACUUGAGAUGAUUGAAUGAUGAAAGAUUUGGCUGUAUGAGGGUCAGUGUUGGGCUCAUUGCCAUGUACCACCUCUUGCCAACAGUAAUUUGUUACAUUACUGCUCCGUUACACCCCAUGAAAUUGAUAAUUGCAUCUUUUCCCCUCAAAAUUCAUGAAUGAAUGUCAGGGUAAUCUCAAAGAAAGCACAGUUGAGGCUAGAUAGCUUGCAAAUUAUUUUUUACCUGGGUGUCUUCUGUUGUCUUUAACAGCUAUUUUCCAAGGAUUUGUCUGAAAGAGAGUCAGUCAUUAAGAUAGGCAACAUUUCAUCCACCACAUACCCAGCCACAAGCUUCAUUACGUCUCUGUAGCUUGUAGACUGCAGCUGUCCACCAUUAAAAUCCAGAUUGAGUUGUUAAGUAAUUGUAGGGCCACAGCCAUCCUCCAUGGCUGCUGAGGGCUCAUAUUUAGUGAGGUGAAUUUCCACAAGAUUCUCAUUCUGCUGUCGUUGUAGGUGUUUGAGGAGGUUUGAGGUUGUGUGGAAAUAGUCCUGGAACAGUAAUGUUCUUGUCGUCGCCUUUUCUCCCGACAAACUCGACGUAAAGCUGCUAAAUGUUUCCAUCUUCUAAGCUGCUUGGUAACAUGAACUAGAAUGAUUAUGAAAUUUAAUCAGAGGAUGUGAUUGAUUGUUUGAUUUCAGAUCAGUAGGAGGGUUGACAGCAGAAGUAAGGUUGUAAUGAGUUAUUUGUUCUAAGGGUAACUGUAAUAUUAUUACUUAACUUUUGUUGGUAAUUUGCUACACUACUUGUUACUGAAAAGUAGUAACAUUACUGCCCAACACUGGUGAGGGUCAGAUAUGAUGUGAGGCGUCCAUAGGAGAGAGCUGUUAGAGAACUUUCCAGUUGCAGUUACAACUUGGAUGUUGAUGUGAACAUUAUUCAGAUUGGAAAUGAGGAGUUACAGUAACUUCGUAUUAACUCUUGGAUUCUGCUUUUACAGUGUCAGGUUCAGCAUUACGUGCACCAGUCUGGUAAUGUUUUCUCUAUUCAGUCACAUGAAUUAUUCAGAUGGUUUGUGAUCUAUUAUAGAAAAGACAACAAAGUGCUUAAAAUUACUUUGAGAACAUAUGAUGUGCUGUCAGUGGAGAACAGUUAUAUUUAUAGCUGAAAGGAAAAGAAGUUGCCGCUGAUAUCUGUUUCUGUACAUUUAUUACUCAAAUCUUACUAUUGUAUUUUCAUUGUUGAUUAGUCUGAUUAUUUUUGUGUUUACUUAAUUUGUUGUUUGCUCUAUAAAAUGUCAGAAAAUUGUUAAAAAAUAAUGUCAGUGUUUCUCAGAACCCACAUGACAUCCUCAAAUAUCUUGAUUUGUCUGCAACCCAAUUUUUUUUUUAGUUUACUGUCAUAUAGUAGUUAAAAAACAGAAAAUAUUCACAUUUAACAAGCAGGAGUCAGAGAAUUUUUCUCUUUUUUUCCCUUAAAAAUUACUCAAACAGAAUAAUUGAUUAUCAGAUUGGUGGGCGAUCAGUUUAAUGGCUUAAUAAUAGAUCAACAGUGCAGCUCUGCUCACCAUCCUUUCGGGCUAAAACUAAGCAGCUUUGGACCCUCCUUUCACCCAGACUGUUUUUUUUUUUAAUAUUUGCACAAAGACAAACUAAAAGAAUAACAUGCAAACAAUAAAUUCAACAAUUGCUAUCUGACUUCUAAGAGAUUUUUAUUUUACAUAAACUCACUGCCAAUAACCUUAAAAACACACUUUGUUUCCUGUGAUACUUUCAUUUAAUCUCAAAGAAACAUAAUCAGACCACUGUCAUUGUUGUUAAAUUCAAAAAUAAAUCUUUAUCAUGUUUUAGUUUUGAGACUUUAAUCAGACACAUUGAACGCCACAUAUUCACACUCAAAGAUAUUCAAAUCUAGUAGCAAAUAUCCUCCACUUCAACUUCUGUAAAGUAUAUGGACCAUACCUGUGUAGGAACCCCGUCUCUCCCAAAGAUAAAACCCAGAGAACCACAACACUAACCUGUGUCAUGUGCAGGUUUCCCAAUUCACACUGCAUGGGAUGUGUGUGUGUGUUUUUUUGUUUCUUUUUUAGGGUGGGUUUUCGCUUUAAAUAGAUGCUGAAGCGCAAAAGGAUGCGAGUGAGUUUUGAGCAAGUGAGGUGUGAGGAAGGGUUUAAAAAAGCCAUCUAAAUCUAUUUUGCCUGGUGAGUGACUGUAGUUUCUGAGUCCAUGUCUACAGUAUGUGUAAUAGAUAUAUAUGUGUGCGUGUGUGUGUGUGUGUGUGUGUGUGUGUGUGUGUGCGCGCGCCUGUUAAGUGUGCAUGUAUGUUAUGGUUUCUCUUUGGAUUUAACUGACAAGAAAAUGGUGUAUACUACUUGGGCGAUGGAUGACGUGUCGAUUCGCACACACACAUUCAUAUUGAGAGAGCUUUACUUGGGCGUGUACCUCUGAAGUAUUGUCGAGUGAUUCUGCACCAUUUGGAUGAACUGACUCACUAAUUGCCCUGAUGUAAUUAUUUAUUUGCUGUCUUAUUGUGCACUGCAGAUGCAAAAAAAAAAAAAAAAAGAAAAGAAAAUUGCAUUUACAGCCAGCAGGUGGUGCUAAAAAAUCAGAUGACCAACUUCAACCUGACAUCAUGCUGAGUACAGUGUAAAGAGAGGAGUGAUAUGAAAAUGAAUGGUUUGCAUCAGCUUUAUUAGCACUGAUGUUCUGUUACUGCUAUUUGCACAAACCUGUCUACCACUUCUGAGGAGGAACAUUUUGUUUUUGGCUUAUUGUGGAUUGUCAUACCAGCAUUUUCCAGAAAGUUUUAUUGGUUUGUUUUGCCUAUCUGUUCUCCCUCUAAAGGCCUAUGUUCUUCACAGCUUUAAAGUUUGUUUCCACCAAGUUUUAAACAUUACUUUCACGCAUGCACCGAUGUCUGGUUUUAAAAAUGAAGAUUUAUUCAUGUCUAUCUUGAUCACACUUUUUGUUUUAUUUUUGCAUACCUGGAAAUCACAGUCUGUCUGCUAUCACACAUGGAUUUUUACUUCAGCUUUGCUAUGUUCAUUUAUGUCAGAUGGUGGAUUUCAUCAUGUAUUUUGGGCUUUAAAAUAAAGUGGGAAAAGUUGUUGAUGGAA